AUGACUCAAGUAGUCAAAGUUUACGGCCAGGGAGACGUCCGUUUUGAAGCCUACGAGCGCCCACCCACGGGUCCUCGCGAUGUCGUCGUAAAGCUCAAGGUGGCCGGCAUAUGCGGCUCAGACCUCAUGUACAUUCGUAUCGGUGGUAUCCCACCUGGACACGUCACUGCAAUCGGCCACGAGGCUGCCGGCAUCGUCACGGAGGUCGGAAACGAAGUUGAAGGCAUCACGGUUGGCAUGCGCGUUGUCGUGAACCCCAUGAAGACUCCCAGUAAUAUUGGUUCGGGGGGUCCCGAGGGAGCCUUCACGCAAGAAUUAUUGGUCCGAGACGCGAAGCUCGGUGCUUCGGUGCUACCGAUUCCGGACGACAUUCCAUACGAGAUUGCGGCGCUAUGUGAUCCUUUAGCUGUUGCAAUGCACGGUGUCAACCGUGCAGAUGUUAAAGCCGGAGACAAGGUUGUCGUAUUCGGCUGCGGCCCGAUAGACCUGGGCAUGCUGAUGUGGCUCGUAGAUCGUGGAGUCACUGACGUAGUUGCCCUGGAUUUGGCUGAAGAGCGUCUCGAGCGAGCUCGUGCGCUGGGCAUACGUGCGGCUCUCGACCCAACCAAGGUGAGCCUCCGUGAGGAGCUCACAAAGCUGCACGGCGAAGUGCCCAGCUACAACCGUCUCGGUGUCGGCACCGAUGCUUUCAUUGACGCUGCUGGAGCACCAAACAUCCUGUCCGACGUCGUAAUGAUGGCCAAAUACCAUUCGCGUCUGGUGAUUACUGCUGCGCACAUGAAGCCCCUGCAGUUUCCUGUUGGCCGCAUGCUUACCAGUGAAAUGACCAUCACGACUGCUGUAGGCUACCCGACCGAAAUGCCGGAAGUGAUGGCAGCUAUGCCGCGCCUCCAAUCCAAAAUCGCAUCGUUGAUCAGCCACCGCCUCGCUUUCCAGAAUAUCUUGGAUGGGUUGAAGGUUGCGGGAACACCUUCCUCUGCUAAGGUUAUUGUCGAGUUCGACUGA